AUGUUCUUGACUGUCCCUAAUGAUUUUUCCAACUGGAAGAAGUUUGCAAACAUUGAGCUUACUGACGAAUUGGAAUCGAUCAAGUUGAACCUUCCGAAGCGGUUCAGGAUGAACUUUGACCAAGUACUGAGGGGUCUGAAUGACCAGGACCCUGACCUUGAGGAGCAAACAUCAGUGCCCGAACAAACGGUCAAUAACGAUAGCAUUGUCAAUAAUAUUACGCAGAUAUGGAACGAAAACCCUGUUGACCAUAGCAAGCUUGACUUCAUGGAGAAUUUACAGACAGUUAACUCGAGUUUGAGUACCUUUGCGGAUAUUUGGUCCAAACUGUGCAUUCUGGUGGAACGUAUGGAGAAAAGAGAGCUGGCGCUGUCUCAAGAUCACCAGCGCUUUUCGUACUACUUGGGACAAUUUACUUCGAAUAGUGGAAAUCUUUAUGGUGUUGAAAACAUGGUGAUCUCCGAAGCGCAGCCAGAAGAAAGCCAAAACUUGUCUAUCAUCAACACCAUCUUGAAGCAGGUCAUGAAAUAUUUCAGCACCACAAAGCAACUUAAGGAUGAUGAAUUGACGACCCUGAGUUCGGAUACGCUUGAAAACUUCAGAAAGCUGCAAGACUAUUUAGCCUCGCUGCAUUUUCUUAUCGAAAGGCUAGGCAACUUCAAGAACGCCUCUGAAAAGCAAAUUCACGUUCUUUUGAACCGCAUAAUGAAAACUAGCGAGCGACUUUUCCAUAUAAAAAUCAAAUCAGACAUUAGAGGGUCCGAAGUGGACAAGCUUGUUAAGCUCUUGACCGAAUCAGUGGAAGAAUUGAACAAGCUUCUCUCUUACAUCAUCCUUGUGAAAUCCACAUUCCUGACCGAGUUCAGAUUGUUUCAAAAAACGAAAUACCUGGUUUCUGAAACGUUUCAGGACUGGUUCCUUGAAAAAGUCAAAUAUGGGGAAUUACAACAAGAUGCUUUACAGAGAGUGUUUAAUGAUCUCCAGGAUAUGCCAUUGAAAUAA